AUGCCAGCUCCACCUGAAGCUACGACUAUCAAGGACAUCAAUGGCAGUCCCGAACAGGAGGCCUAUAUGAAGUGCCUUAUUGAACAGCUUACCAUUACCCCCGAUAAGCUGUCGAGGAUCUGUGAACAUUUCAAGGGUGAAAUGACCAAAGGUCUCAACAAGGAAGGUCAUACACUUGCUAUGAUCCCAUCGUACGUCGAAGGCCGCCUCACAGGUGAGGAAAAAGGCAACUUUUUGGCGCUCGACUUGGGUGGUACAAACCUUCGUGUGGUGCUUGUGACACUGGAAGGUCAAGGCAAAUUCAAGACAGUGUCUACCAAGGCCAGAAUUUCGGAUACGCUGAAGACGGGCCCCAUGCGUGAUCUUUGUGAUUACAUUGCCGAUUGUAUUGAUACUUUCCUCACGGAACAAGGUUUAGAAGAUCAAGAGACAGAACUUCCCCUUGGUUACACCUUUUCUUUCCCGGUACUGCAGUCCAAGAUCAAUCGCGGUACUUUGUUGACGUGGACCAAGGGUUUCUCAUGUACCGGCGCCGUGGGCAAGGAUCCUGUCAUUCUCCUUCAAGACGCAUUAUUAAAGAAGCAUUUGCCUGUUAAAGUGACGGCCCUUGUCAACGACACGGUCGGCACGCUCUUGUCAAACGCGUAUAACAAACCAGAUACGAUUGCCGGUCUUAUCUUAGGCACUGGCUCCAACGGUGCGUACAUUGAACAGAUGGACAAAAUUGGUAAAUGGCAAGGCGGUAAAACCGCUUUCCCUGAAAUGAUCAUCAACAUGGAAUUCGGUGCUUUCGACAACGAACGGGUGGUCCUGCCAUUGACCCGCUAUGAUAAUAAGCUUGACAGAGAAUCUAUCAAUCCCCACAGUCAGAUUUUCGAAAAACUGAUCUCCGGCAUGUAUCUUGGUGAGAUUGUGCGCAACGUCCUCACCGAUAUGAUGGACCGCGAAUUGCUGUUCCAGCGUAGUGAAGGUUUUGACGCCAAAACGGCGUCCAAGGAAAUUUCGGUCCAAUGGGGUUUCGAAACCUCGUACAUGUCGAAUAUAGAAGACGAUUCAACUAGCAAUCUUUCGCGAACCAAAGAAGUCCUGGAUACAAAUCUCAGUAUUCAGAAUGCAUCCGAAACGGAUUGUCGAAUUAUCAAGCGUGUCUGUGAACUUGUCGGUACGCGUGCAGCCCGCCUAGCUGGAUGUGCUAUUGCUGCCAUCGUCCAACAUUGCGGUGUUAACGAAAAAGGAGCCGAUAUUGGUAUCGACGGCUCUUUGUACGAAUUCUAUCCAUCCUUCGAAAAGCGUACAUAUCAAGCCAUCAGUGAACUCAUGCCCGAGUAUCCCGACAUUACCAAGGUGGUGCGCUUGGGUCUCGCUCGAGAUGGCAGCGGUGUAGGUGCAGCUUUGUGCGCUUGCGUUGCAGCACGCAUGGAGGACAUCAAGAGUAAAGCUUAG